UGAAGUUUACACUCGAAGGUCUGCGCGGCGCGCUGUGUUUGCAUUGGUUUUCGAUUGACUUCGUAUUUUCGUUAUAUGUUAGUGACGGUAGAUCCCCCUUCUGUCCGGAGUAGAAACGUCAAGGUGUCGGUAGUGUAAUAAAUUUAUCAUUCAACUUCUUUGGGCAUGCUGACUGCCUCUUUGGCACCGACUGCUAACAUCCCUAUAGUCAGUGAAAACGGAAAUCUACGUUCACGAUCAACAUCUCAACACCUUCGAGGUGAUCGUUCUAGAAUUGGUUGUAGUCAUUUAAAACUGUCAGCUCCAAGUGCAGAUACAUUGUCUGAUUCACUAAGUUUAGCAACAACUGCGACAGAAGGUACAAUAGGAGAGGUGUGGGAACAAAGACAGUAUCCGGUCAUGCCUUUAGGAUGUACUGUGCUAAAAAGCCCGCCUCCAUCAUUCUUAAAUCUUUCUAAUCAAGAUAAGCAACAGCCUUCAGAAAAGGAUCUUUAUGAGUUCUUAAAGGAUGCAGAACUAGACCACUAUUACUCCGUACUUACACGUCAUUUGAAGAUACGUUCAGUUCAACAAAUCAAAUAUGUUGAAGAUUCUGAUCUUGCAGAACUAGGUUUCAGUCGACCAGAACAACGACGUUUACGGAAACAUUUCAAACGAGAAUGCCCGCAAACUGCUAUGGGAAAGCUAAGAAAGCGCUUAGCUCGAUCUACCAGUGGUCGAUGUUUAUCACCACGACUCAAAGAUACAUUAGAUGGAUUAUCAUCUCGUAAUCUCAACGUAUUAUCCAUUUCAUUAGAUAGUACACCAACGUCUGAAGAUGGUGAUUCAAAACGACGUACACUAUUACUUACACAAAAUUCUAAAGGUCAUGAUGGUAGUAAUAAGUGUUUGACAGACAAUUUGAAUUAUUUAACCAUUAAUGGAAAUACAAAUUAUCGGGUUAUUCAAUCGAAUGAACUUGAAAUUGGAAGUAGUCUUGGUGAAGGAGAAUUUGGAAAAGUUUUUCAGGGUGUUUGGCAUACAGAUACAAGACGUGGUUUACAAGUUGCUAUCAAAAUUAUGGAUAUUAAACAAAUGAAUGAAGAGGAAACAUGUGAUUUUUUGAAUGAAAUAUCAAUUAUGCAUAGACUAAAUCAUCCAGAUAUUGUUCAGCUUCUUGGUGUGUGCAUUGAUGUGAAUGUAAUAAAAAUUGUUACUGAACUUGCUCCACUUCGCUCUCUACUAGAAUGCUUACGUGAAUCUGAAUUACGAUCCAGUUUCUCUGUUCCUGUUUUGUAUAAAUUCUCAAUACAGAUUGCUCGAGGAAUGAGUUAUUUAGAAGAAUGUGGUCUAGUACAUCGUGAUUUGGCAGCUAGAAAUGUUCUAGUAUUUUCAAAAGAUAUUGUAAAAAUUAGCGAUUUCGGUAUGAGUCGUGCUCUUCAACUAGGCAAAUCAUAUUACCAAUCAAAUUUCAAUGUUAAUCUUAAACUUCCAAUUGCAUGGUGUGCACCAGAAUGUAUACAUGAUUUAUUAUUUACUAUACAUUCAGAUAUAUGGGCUUAUGGUAUUACAUUAUGGGAGAUAUUCACUUAUGGAUUUACACCAUGGGCUGGUCUUACCGGUCGACAAAUAUUAGAAAUGAUCGAUGCACCACGUUUUGGUCGGUUAGAUCAACCAGAUGCAUGUCCAGAUCCAAUUUACGAUGCUGUGAUGCGAGCAUGUUGGGCACAUGAACCAAAAGCUAGACCAACAUUUGCUCAAUUACUAGGUAUGCUUCCACGUCUUAGUCCAGAAAUUUGGAUAACCACAAGUGAAUAUCGUCCUGAUACAGAUUCAAAUUUGGAUACAAUUAGUACAUCAGGUGAAGAAUUCCCAUAUAAUCCUGGUUUUCGUCCACAUGGAACACGUUCAUUAGGUCGUCCAUUGUUUAUUAGAGCAAAUGAAACAGUUUGUAUACUUGGCAAAAGAAGUAGUAACACAUGGAAAGUGGUAAAUUUACGUACGGGACUUGUAGGCUGCAUUCCAUCGGGAAUUUUAAAACCAUAUAAUUCCCCUGGGAAUGAUUCAUCUGUUACCCGCGAUCGUCAUACACUAACUACUAAUAAUACUGCCACAUCGUCACCAAAUACUAUGGGGUUAGUAGCGAAAACACGUUUACGUAUGAGUCGAAGAGCUUCAUUAACAGAUUUGGCUUUACGCAAAACUGUUUCUCGACUUAGCAAAUUCAGUUUAAUCAAUCCAACCGAUAACAAUAGUAGUAAUAAUAAUAAUAGUAGUAUUAGUAGUAGUAGUGGUACAUCACGUUCACGUAUCAAAUUAACUGCAGAUCAAAUAAGUUCACCACAAAAUGAUUUUCGACAUAUUGGUCAUGUUGGUUCAGAUGGUCGAACAUUUGGUGACAUUGGUUUAGUUAGUAAAAUGGUUGAUUUGAAUGAUAAUCUCUCUGAUUCUCAAUCAUUUCACGAUUUUACUGUAUCUGAAGAAAAAUACAAAUCCAAUAAAUCGAAUACUUUGCAAAUUAAUCCUUCGAAUAUUAAAACUUAUCAAGAAACAACAACCAAACAUAUUUCAUUACCAAUAACAACCAACACAUCAAUAAUUGGUGAUUCGUCUGUGACAAAAAAAUUUACAUCAAAGAAAAGCCCUCAAACAUCAAAUACUCUCUUGACUACUAAUUACAAUAAAUCUAUGAAUAAAGAUGAUACAGAUUUAUUAUUCGAUGAUAUCAAAUUCAAUGUGAUCUCUGAAUCAAAUGGGUUAGAUUUAGGCUCAUCAUUACUAGAUGAAGUAUUCAAAUGUUUCCCAAUAGAAAAAUCUACCACCAGUGACAAUAUGAAUCAUAAUGCUGAUGGUGCUAAAAAGUUAAAUGGUGUGACUACUACUACUACUACUACUGCCAUUACUACUAAUAAUGGGGAUAUUAAAGGUCAUUCUAAUUGUGACGAUUCGCUCCAAAUGAAUGGUUCUACAAGAUCGAAUUCAACUGAUUAUUUAAACAAAGAAUCCUCACCCACCAACAGUACCAUAUUUAGUCAAACAUCAGAUUUGAUUGAACGUGGUAAACAUUCAUCAAAAUCAAAUGGAUUUCGUAUUCCUUCUUUAAUAAACAAAAUUAAUCGUUUGGAAAUAUCGAUGCCAUCUACUACUAAUACUACUAGUACUACAGCCGCCACUACUAUUACUACUGACAAUUAUAUAAGUAAAAAUAAUGAUAAUAAUUAUGAACAAGUCAAUGAUGAAUUAAAUGAUUCAACUUACACUGAUAAUACAAUCAUUAAUGAUAAUCCUAUUACUGUUGUUGUUGAUGAUAAUGAUGAUGAUGGUGGUGACAAUGAUAAUCGUCAUCGUCAUCAUCAUCAUCUUGAAAAAAUGAAAAUGGAUAAUAAUGUUAAUAAUAAUAAUAAUAAAACAGAAUCAAAAUUUUCAUGGAAACGUAGCUCAUUUAGUAGUUUAACACAUCGUAGUUCAUCAAUAUCAAAAGCAUUAAAUAAAACUAAUAUUAUUAAUGGAUUUAAUCAAUUAGAUAAUGAAAAUAAUAAUGAUAAUAAACGAUUAACAAUUAGUAGACCAAUUUUAUUAAGUCGACCAAAUUCAGUUACACAUUCAACUUUAAAUCGUCUACCAUCUAAUUCAUCAUCAUCUUCAAUUAUUGGUAAUCUAACUGAACCAAGUAGUUUAGGUAGUUCAACAACAAGUCGUGACAGUUCAUUAACUGUUGUUUCAUCAUCAUACAAUGGUUGCAGCAGCAGUAGUGGUGGUGGUGUUGGUAUCGGCUAUGGUCUCGUCGGCCCUAGUAUUGGUGGAUAUACAUCAUUAAAUAAUACUGCUGGUCAUGAUGAGUCAGCAUUUACAGAACAACAACAACAACAAACUCAACAUCAGUCUUCAAUAUCAUCAUCAUGUUAUUACGAGACAUCUACAAAUGGAUCACUUUCACCAGCGUCUAGUCUAUCAUCUAUGAUAUCGGCUACAUGUGUUCCAUCCCAUUCGUUAACAUCCAGUAUUUCAAAUUCUAUAAAUAAUAAUAAUUCUACAUCAUUAUGCAAUAAUAACAGCACAUCAAUUGCACAAGGUUGUCUACGAGCAUUAAGAUCUGGUGAAACAGUAUUUCGUGCAUCAACGAAUACUUCAACUGGUACAUUGAAUUCACGAAGAAAAGUUAGUACAUCUUCAAGAACAAAUACUCCAAUGUUGUUGACAGAUGAAAGAUCAACAAACCCAAGAAUCAAAAAUUUAUCACCAACUGUAACAUUAGUUAACUUAUCAACAAAAAAUUCUACUGAUGAUGCUAUUUCUUCAUCAAGUUUAUUAAGAAAGAAAUCCAACUUAUUAUUUAAUCGUGAUAUAUAUCAGUCAUCAUCAUCAACUGAACGAAGUCCAAAUCAUCAUUUAACUAAUUCUACUAAUAUAACAACUAGCAUUAAUACUAGUCAUACAUUACAACAACAUAAAACUUUAAAUCGUGUAGAUCUAUCACAUUCAUCAUCAUCUUCAUCGUCAAUAUCACCACUAUCUACACCAUUCCUGGGUGAAUCAACGGUACAGUGUUCUCAAACAAAUAAUGUUCAAUCGAAAUUGAGUCACCCAACAACACCAAAAAUAGACACGACAACACCAUUAAAUGAAAAUAAUGGCAAUGUGUCCAGUAUGGAUUUAAACAGUGUAAUGGCAUCAUUUUUAAGCAAAGAUUUUGGUAGUUUUCUUGAUAAUGAUACAAAUCUAUGUAAUACGAAUGGUAUUAAUAGUGAUGAUAGUACUGGUCGUUUCCAAUUGAAUAAAAGUCAUGUUCCAUCGAGUUAUCAAUCCAAUUUGUCGAAAUCACCAUUCAAAUCAAGUUUAUCUAGAUUACCACCGAAACGUGGAAAUCUACGCAAUGCCGACGAUGAUGAUGAUGAUGUACUCGCUAUUUAAUCAUCAUGUGAACCUUGUCAUCUAUGUAACAUUCAAACUGCACAAUAGAUAUGUGAAUCUAAAGAAGUAUACAUACAUAUAUAUAUAUUACUACUCAUAAAUCAUUCAUUACAAUUAUUCCUUUCCAUUGCAUUUUCAUAAACAUUUAUUUAUUAAAUUAUACUUAACUGUUACUAUAUCCAUAGGAAAUAAACCACAUGGGAUUAUAUUUGUGUGUGUGUGUGUGUGCGUUUCCUUGUUCGAUUCUUCCAUUGUGGUGACUUUUAUCAUUUAUCAAUCAUUUGGAAUGUUAUUUACCUUAAUCAUGUCUAAUGUUGUCUACUAUAAUAAAUAAUAAAUACUUGUUUGUAAGACAUCUAUUUGAAUAUGAUGUAAUUCUCAGAUAUAUUCCCGUUGUAUAUACAUUGGUACAUAUCUUUCUUGAAUAACAUUGUACUGCUGCUCUGCAAUACUUAAUCAUUAUAACCAUGUAUUUUCUUUUAACGUGACCGUUGUUGCAGGUCCUAUGUUGUUGUAACUGACUGACUUUCCUUUAAGCACUUUUUCCUAUAAUGUUGAUACACACACACACACACACACACACUGGUUUUACUCCUGUCCCAUUACUCUAUCACAAUAAUUAUGUUGUCCGUACAAUUGUGUUACUAUCCAAAGACGAAUAUAUACACACACAAAAUUGUAUUUAUUUCUUACAAUAUUAGUAUUCUUCAACUUACUAUAUACAUAUUUAUCUUUUAUUUAAAAUGAAUGAUUGUUUUAUGCGUCUAGUGAUUAUUAUUUGUCAUGCCUUAAGAAGAAACCCCGGUGGUGUUUGUUACAUUGUUUUCUUUUUCUAUUUAAACCAUUUGUGCAAUUUUGUUACAUGCUAUAUGUGUUUGUGUAUGUGUGUGUGUUUAUGUAUCCACUUGUUUGUGCUUCUUUUUUCUUUGUAUACCUUUUGAAGGAGUGAUACAUUUCUAAGAAUCAGAAUAGGAGUUAUAUUAGGUUUUUCACUUUACUCUUUAUCAUGAUGAUCAUGGAGGUAUAUAUAUUUAUAUACUACUGAUUAGUUUUAUUGAUUUAUUUAUCAAUUGUGUUCAUUUUCAGCUUUUAAGGAGGAGAUAGGAAUUAUUUCCCAUUUCUCAUCCAGUGAUGUUAUUCUUGCUUUCGUUUCUUUUUUGGGGGUGGGGAGGGGUUUAAGGGUAGGAACGAGGUGAUGUUGAUUGUUUAAAUAGUCAGUAACAUGAUUAUUUCUUUAGGAAAGUUUUUUCUCACUUUUACUUCAAUCCAUAAUGUACUUACUAUCGAU